AGAGUCGUGGCUGCAGUCACAUGACUGCGUUGCGCUUCGGUCGAAAAGUACGGAAGGAAGCAAUGAACACAAGCUGUACCUGCAGAGAAAAAAGCAGAAGAAAACUGGACUUUUCAACAGCAGAAAAGGACGGCGAUGCAGAGAUUAUUCCGAGAACUGAGCUGAGAACCCAGAAUUGGGCCAUACAAGCGCUUCGUAUGUAACAUCGCUAUGCUUUUUUUGGCAUACAAAGAGAUGAGUAAAAAAACGCACAUGAUGUGUGCUUGAUGGGAAACUGCGAACCUUCAUCUCAGUCAAUAGCAGAACAAGACUGUGUGACUUAAGUUCCAAGCACUUCAUUGUGUAGCAUCCUUUUCUGAAUAUUUGACGGGAAGACGUUUCUGGUCCAGAUGAAGUGCUUGUUGAUAGCCAGCGAGAGCGCCGAGGUCCUCUUCCACUGGAGUGACCGCGAAUAUCGCCAGAAUAUCCAGGAGAAGUAUGGGGUCUCUCAGGAGGAAGGCGAGGGGCUUCCUGCCUUUGAAGACAUCUUGAGCACUUUGUUUGCUCCCAUCAUUAUCUCCUGCAGCACCUUGGAGGACAGCUACACCUCCUUCACCACUGAGAACAACCACAUCUACGUCCUACACCAGUUCGACGAGUGUCUCUACAUCGCCGUGAACGGGGACGGCGAAGAAAAGGAGGACGACCUGAGGAGAAAAUUGUACGUGCUGAAAAAGAUGGUGGAGGUCAUGUUCGGCAUGGUCACGCUCAGUGGGAACCUCCUGAGGAGAGAACUGCGGCCUCAGGACACGGAGCAGAGAGCGAGGCUCUGGAAGUAUCUGCAGAGCCUGCUGGAGACCUACAGCCUCCUCCGGGAGAACGACCAGAGCUUCUUAGUGGAGGCGGUGGAGCGCUUGAUUCACCCGCAGCUCUGUGAGCUGUGCAUAGAGUUCCUGGAGCGCCGCCUGGUCCAGCAGCUCAACAGCAGUGUGGAGCGAGCAGGAGAGGAGGUUCUGCACGCCUUCGUCCUCGUUCACACCAAGCUGCUCGCUUUCUACUCCAGCCGCAAUGCCAGCAUCCUCUCCCCCUCAGACCUGCUGGCCCUCAUCGUCAUGGCACAAAAUAUGUAUCCCAGCAAUGUAGAUCUGGACGACAUGAGUCCAGAGGAUACUGAGAGCACAUCCGGUUCUGGCCCUGAAAAUUUCUAUACACCAGAACCUUCCCCCUCCAGUAGAAGCUCCAGUAGCUCAGGGAAAGCUGGCCGAGGAGAAACUCCUGUGUUUGAGUUUGUGGACCCAGAAAUCCAGAUGGCAGAGGACAGCUUGCACACUCUGGAAAUUAACCCACCGGACCCUGCGAGCCCUCGGAGAGUUUUCCUCGAGGUAUCACACAAAGAUGGGCCAUUUCCCAUGAUGCCUCACUCCAUGUACUGCCUCUCACUGUGGCCAGGCAUCACACUAGUGCUGCUCACCAAGAUUUCCUCCAGUGCACUGGCCAUCUCGGUGUAUAAGUACUUGGAGGAAUUUGACAAGCUGGAGAAACGAUUACACGAAGGCCAUGGAGGUCCCGCCUCAGCCAGAAGUCCUCUGAAUAUGCAGGACAUCCGCUCCAAAAUGGACAAAUUCAUCAAAUCUUUGGAGCCCCAUGACUUACAGUAUGCGCAGUUACAAAAUGUCUGGGCAGAGUUCAAGAGCCGAGCCUUUUCCAGAGGAGGUUCUGGUUUCAACAAAGAUCUCAUCCCGUGGUGUAAGAACAUGAAGACGCAGUUGUGUGGAAUAUACAGACAGUGUUUCCUGACUGGUUCUUUGUCUGCUGAUGUUACUCAUCGUCUCUCUGCUGGUCUGCAGGAACGAGCCCAGGCUAUGGUUCGAGAGAAACUGGUGGACUGGAAGGACUUCCUGUUGGUCAAAAGCAAAAGGAACAUAACCAUGGUGUCUUAUCUGGAGGAUUUCCCAGGCCUCGUCCAUUUUAUCUGCGUGGACCGAGCAACUGGCCAAAUGAUUGCUCCAUCACUCAACAUCACAGAGCGCACUACGUCAGAGCUGGGGAAGGGACCUGUGGCUAAAUAUAUUAAAAACAAGGUAUGGGCCCUGGUCAGGACAACCCGCAGCUAUCUGCAGAAGGGUUAUUCCACCGUCACACUCCGUGAUGGAGAUUUCUAUUUCUGCUACUUCCUCUGGUUUGAGAAUGAAACGGGAUACAAGUUACAGCCAGUGGAGAUACCAGUGCUACCUGACGACUCUCCACCCAUUGGGAUGCUCGCCUAUGACUACUACAAUAGGCUGCUGAGGUACUGCAGCAAGAGCCACAAGGGGGAGAAUGUGAAGUGCUAUGAGCUGCUGACUGUCCACCUGGGGGUCAUCCCUACAGAAAUCAUCCUCCAGCACUGCAGGCAACUCGCAAGCAAACUGUGGGAACCCUCACGCAAUCCGCUGCUGUAGAAAGAUCAUUACACUCA